UUUUUUUGAAAUUCAAUUGCUUUUUCUGAGCAAAGACCCAAAAAAGAAAAUAGUUUAGCUUCCGAUGAACGCCGAAAUCGCUGGCUCGAUGCCGCCGGCGAAUCCGUCUACGGCUUUCGAUUACUCGGAGGAUGCAAUCAACGCUGCAGUUGACGCCGAGCUCGCCGAAUUAGCGGCAAGAGGAGGUGACUCGAACGACGGCGGCGGCGGCGGCGGCGGGAGAAGCAAACCAAAGGGGCCUUGGUCACCGGAUCAGGAUGCGGUUCUGACGAGGCUUGUGAACAAGUUAGGGCCGAAAAACUGGACUAUGAUCUCCCGUGGAAUCCCAGGUCGCUCCGGGAAAUCGUGCCGAUUGCGGUGGUGUAAUCAGCUCGAUCCUUGUCUCAAACGGAAACCUUUCACCGAUGAGGAGGACAAUCUGAUAAUGUCUGCACACGCGGUUCAUGGGAACAAAUGGUCUGUGCUUGCAAAACUCUUACCUGGGAGAACAGAUAAUGCCAUCAAGAACCACUGGAACUCAGCGCUUAAACGCAAACAAGCAGAUCUAUGGAAAAAUCGUCAGUCCAUCUCUAAUACAGCAACUCCUUAUGUUUCAUCGAAUGCAUCCUCCAAAGAACAUCUUCAUCGAGAAGAAACCAAUUCAUCUAACCCUCCGAUAUUAGCUGAUGAUAAAAUGGAUGAUGAAGCCAUGUUAAACGAUGAUGGAAUGGGUGAUGAAGCGAAAAACAAGCCUCGGGAAGGAAACUGUAAACCUGGUGUUUAUCGUCCAGUGGCUCGAUUUGGUGCUUUCAGUGUGUAUAAGCAUGGAUACAUGAACCAACACCAUAUGGCUCCAUGUGCGGGACCUUUGGUUCGAGAAUCAAGACCUGACUCGUUGGCUGGUAAAUUUCUCCAGUCUCUUCGUUAUGAACCUAGCGUCCCUUCGAAAUGCGGUCAGUGUUGCUGCAUCCAUCCAGACAAAACAGUGUCAUCGUCGUGCAACUCGGUGCUGGGAGCAGAGUUUGUGGAUUAUGAGGAACCUUCUUCUGCAGCUUUAGACCAAGAAUUGGUUUCUAUAGCAACCGAUCUGAACAAUGUUGCUUGGGUUAGGAGUGGACUCAACAAUGGCUACUAUUUCAGAGAAGUGGAACAGAGUUUGAAAGCUGAUAACAAUCAUUUUCAUGUUGAACAUGCUCGAGCUCGAGCGAAAUUUAUUGGAAUGGUGAACAGUGGUGUCUCAAGUCAGAUGCUGAGACCAGAUUUAAGGGCCUUUAGCUAAUUUAGAGACGAAACAUUCAUUCAAUCAAAUAUUUCUCUGUUGUCGAAACUUUUACUCUGGCGAAGUUCAUAAUAUAGGCAGAAAAAUAAAUGCAUUUUAACUACUGAUCUCUCUGCGGUCUUAGUGUUGUAUUUGAUGAUAACUUGAAAUUUUGACUUGUUGAAUGGGAUAUGUGAGAGUUAUGAUCCAGA